CGUGGCCUCGCCGGCAGAGCCCCGCCCCCCGCGCGCUUUACGGCCGUUCCCCGGCGGUGUCGCGCUUUACGGCGGGCUCACGGCGGUGUCGCGCGGAGCAGCCGGAGGCUCCCAGGCCGCCAUGGACUCGCGCUUCACGCGCGGCAAGUCGCCGGUGCUGGAGCGGGCGCUGGGCCGGCCGCGCUCCGAGCUGUCCCUUGCCGCCUUCGCGCUGCUCUUCUCGGAGCUGGUGCAGUACUGCCAGCGCCGCGUGGCCUCGGUGGCCGAGCUGCAGGCCCGCCUGGCCCAGCUGGGCCACCACGUGGGGCAGCGAGCCCUGGACGCGCUGGUGGCCCGCGAGCGGCCGGGCCGGCGCGAGACCAAGGUGCUGGGGGUGCUGCUCUUCGUCAAGGGCCCGCUGUGGCGCGCGCUCUUCGGGCGCGAGGCCGACAAGCUGGAGCAGGCCAACGACGACGAGCGCACGUUCUACGUGAUCGAGAGGGAGCCCGUGGUGAACACGUUCGUGUCGGUGCCGCGCGAGAACAGCUCGCUGAACUGCGCCGCCUUCGCCGCCGGGCUGCUGGAGGCCGUGCUGGGCGCCGCCGGCUUCCCCGCCCGCGUCAGCGCCCACUGGCACAAGGGCACCACCCUCAUGAUCAAGUUCGACGAGGCCGUGAUCGCCCGCGACAAGAGCCUGGAGGGACGCUGAGACACUGGGACACGGGGACAUGGGGUGGGGACAGCCUGAAGCGGCUCUGAGAUGGGGG